CACGCCCCUCAGAGCUUCCAUUGGUUGGGGUAGACUUCCGUCUGACACUAUCCCCGCCCCAAUACGGAAGCGGCGGGGUACUCGGGACCCUACAGCGGGUGGGUCCAGGCCAUGGGGCAGCCCAGGGCGGUGGGGAGCGCGGACGGGCCGCCCACGCGGCUGCCCCUCGUGCUCACCGCGCUGUGGGCGACGGCGGUGGGUCUGGAGCUGGCCUACGUGCUUGUGCUGGGUCCUGGGCCGCCCCCGCUGGGACCCCUGGCCCGGGCCUUCCAGCUGGCGCUGGCCGCCUUCCAGCUGCUUAACCUGCUGGGCAACGUGGGGCUCUUCCUGUGUUCGGAUCCAAGCAUCCGGGGCGUGAUGCUGGCCGGCCACGGUCUAGGCCAGGGCUGGGCUUACUGCUACCAGUGCCAGAGUCAGGUGCCGCCACGCAGCGGACAUUGCUCUGCCUGCCGCGUCUGCAUCCUGCGUCGGGAUCACCAUUGCCGCCUGCUGGGCCGCUGCGUGGGCUUUCACAACUACCGGCCCUUCCUGUGCCUGCUGCUUCAUGGCGCGGGCGUCCUGCUCCACGUCUCUGUGCUGCUGGGCCCUGCCCUGGCAGCUCUGCUGCAAGCCCACACGCCCCUCCACACCGCUGCCCUCCUCCUACUGCCCUGGCUCAUGCUGCUCACAGGCAGAGUGUCUCUGGCGCAGUUCGCGCUGGCCUUCGUGACUGACACGUGUGUGGCGGGUGCCCUGUUCUGCGGGGCUGGGCUGCUCUUCCAUGGGAUGCUGCUGCUUCGGGGCCAGACCACUUGGGAAUGGGCGCGGGGCCAGCACUCUUAUGACCUGGGCCCCUGCCACAACCUGCAGGCAGCCCUGGGGCCCCGCUGGAUCCUUGUCUGGCUCUGGCCCUUUCUGGCCUCCCCGUUGCCUGGGGACGGGAUCACCUUCCAGACCACAGCUGAUGUGGGACUGGUGGCUUCCUGACUCCAGGAAGAGCCAGAGCUGUACAGGGAGGGAGGAGGGGUGAAGGGGCUCAUAAUUCAUUUCAGCCCACCCCCGGCCUCAGGAGGAGAGGCAGGUUGGUAUUUAAUGUCUGCUUUCAGCAACUCCAGCCCCAUCCUUGGCCUUGCCCCUGCCCAGCUUGGACUCAGUCUCCAGGGCAUGGGCCCUGUGAGUCUGCCUCUAUCAGUGGCCCCCGAGUGCAGUGGAGGGUCUGGCAAGGGGCUGCUUGGCCAACCUAGCUGCCCCUUUGCCAGAUUAAUAAAGUGCCCACUUGGUUCU